AUGGAGUGUCCAAAUCAAACAGCACCAACAGAAUUUAUCCUCGCUGGGUUGCAAUACCCCAAAGAACUGAAGGUUCCAUUGUUGCUCUUCUUGUUGUUUAUGUACAUAUUGACUCUCUCCGGAAACUCCCUGAUUCUCUGGGUGGUGGUGUCUAGCUCCCAGUUGCACAAGCCCAUGUACUGGUUCCUAUGUCAUUUGUCCAUCCUGGACAUGGCUUUCUCCUCUGUUGUGGUUCCCAAAGCCAUUGCCGGGUUUACCCCUGGUGGAAAAAUCAUUUCUUUGGGCGAAUGUAUGACUCAGUUAUUCCUGUUCCACUUCAUCGGAUGUGCAGAAAGUCUCCUUUACACCCUGAUGGCUUAUGACCGCUUCAUUGCUAUAUGCAAGCCCCUGCAGUACAGCAAUAUCAUGAAUUGGAGAACCUGCCUCAUCCUCUCCUUGGGUACAGUAAUUGGAGGCUGCUUGAACUCAAUGGCAGAGACAAUCCUCACUUUUCGCUUGCCCUUUGGCCAAAGAAACCUUGUGGACUACAUCUUCUGUGACAUCCCGGCUGUGCUGAAGUUGGCUUGUGCUGACACAAGACUCAAUGAGAUGGUGACCUUGGUUGACAUUGGCCUGGUGGCCAUGACCUGCUUCCUCCUCAUUCUGACCUCUUAUGUUUAUAUUGUGGCAGCCAUUUUGAGGAUCAAAAGCAGUGAAGGGCGUCGCCGGGCCUUCUCUACUUGCACAGCUCACAUUACAGUGGUGGGGAUAUAUUACAUACCUGUGGUUUUCCAUUAUCUGAGACCAGCUUCUCAGGACUCAAUGGAUGGGGUGGUAUGUAUGCUGUAUACCACUGUAACUCCAUUUCUGAAUCCUGUCAUAUACACACUUAGGAACAAGGACAUUAAGCUUGCUGUAGUGAAACAGUGGCGUAAAAGUCCAGCAUAA